AUCUCGCGAGAUCUCAAUGGCCGAAGGGAAAAGACGCGGCUUGUUUGGAACCUUAAGACUGACAGAAAAUCAUCAAACCGCUGGGGCCAAAGCGUCCGACGUCGCGCGCAGGUCCGAGACAGGUUGGAGGAAAACAAAACUCUCGCGAGAUGACAGAGGUGGACCUUGGCUGGGAGCGCAGGGAUGGGAUUGGUCCUGGCGUCGCGCGGGGGCUGCCAGUGGAAUGUCAGGGGCGUGGCGUUCCCACCCCGGGUGGACCCGCAGAGAGCGUAGUUAAGUUGUUUAACGGAGCGCGGAUCGUGCCCGGCGUCUCGGCGAUCCUCACGGGUCCUUCGCGGGAUCCUCGGGGAAGCACAGGCAAAAGGGCCGAGCGCUGAGUGCGGGACCGCUUGCUUCCGUGAGCUCGUCCAUCUGAGCGACGUGACUGCUCCCCCAAGACGUCCCUCGCCCUUCCUGGAAGGGCCACGCAAACUUGAGCGCAGCCCCCGAGGGGCUCAGAAGAUGGCCUAGAACCCCUCGGAAAUGUCACGCCGGCGUCUUUCACUCGUCGCUCGCCGCUGGGGCUCGGUCAGUUGCCCGACUCUUGCCCCUGCAGUCUGGGUCGGCGGCGGCUGAAGAGUGAGACGAAGGACUCGCUUGUUCGUAAAUUCAGAGCCCGGCUGCGAGUAACCUCGGACUUGAUAGCUAUUCUUGGUUAUCAACUUGACUGUAUCUGGAAUGAACUACAAUCCAGAAAUGGAGGACGCACCUAUGAGAGAUUUUCUGCUUGGUUUGAAAUGAAUGAAUCUGCUAAUCCAGGCCUUUGAGAUAGGAAGAAACACACCUUUGAUCUGGAUCUCGAGGCUGGAAGACACAGACCUUUAAUUGAGAUCUUGAGGUGGAAAGGCACACCUUUAAUCUGGGCCACACCUUCUGCUGGAAAUCUAAAUAAGGACAUAGAAGAAGGCAGCUUUUGCUAUUUGCCUGCUUACCCUCGCCUAGCCCAUCCAUUCUCUCACUGGCAUUGGAGCAUACUUCUUUGGGAUUCCAGCGUAUGCAGAAGACCAGCUGAGACACCAGACUUGUAGGAUUGAACGACUACUGAAUUUAGACUGUCUGUUCACAGCUAGUCAUUGUUGGAGUAGCUGGACUGCAGUCUUUAAGUCAUUCAGAGAGAGAGAGAUUCGUUCUGUAAGUUCUGUGACUCUAGAGAACCCUGACUAGUACAGAUUUUAGUGCCAGCAGUAGUUCUAGAGAAAGAGAAGUAUAAAGAUGAAUCUUUUAAGUAUCUGGAGUAGGCUUUUCAAUUCACCAGCACCUUCAGCUACAGCCACUCCCUCUCCUGGGAUCUUGGAGAAUGCUGAAAGCCCAUGGUGCGAACUAUAUUACAAACUUAAAGAGAUAGACGCUUUUGAUUUUCCUGAUUCACCAGUUGUAAGUGACAGUGGAUUUGACAACCUUGUAUAUGCAACUUUUGACAGUUUGGGAGAAAAUAAGGAAAAUAAUGCUGCUGGUUGGUUUCUCUUACUAUCUCUGGAUAAACUGAUAAAGGAUAGGAAUGAGCUCCGUGAUAAAAUUAACCAACUUCAGAAAAUGAAGAAGGAUAAUGAAGAACUUAGUGACAAAAAUGACGAGCUCCAGAUGCGAAUAAAUAGUCUAAAGGUUUCUAAGUGUGCCCUGGAAGAGAAUUUUCUUGCCAGCAGCCACAGAGCUCGAGUUGUGGAAAAUCAAACUGAAGCCCUCAUUAUAAGGUUGGCAGAACUACAGCGAAAAUCCACGUCUCAGCCUCAGAGAGUAUCAGCGGUUAAAGUAAAGGCAUUAGUUGGUAAAGAGUGGGAUCCUGUAACUUGGGAUGGGGAUGUGUGGGAGGAUCCUAUUAAAGCUGAGAACUUUGCACCCUCAGAUUCUCAAGGGCUUAUCUCACCUCAGGAAAUAGUACCCUCUGCCCCACCCCUUGAAAUACUGCCUUCUUCACCCUUCACUGAGGAAAUUAAUCCGUCAUUGACGGCUAAGCCAGCAAUGACUUUCUCUGAAGGAGAUGCCAGUCAAGUCAAUACUGAUGUCCCUCAGAGCCCACCAAUAGUUGCCUCUAGAUGUAUAACUGGACCUAAAGCAAAGCAUUCUUCUAGAGGGGAGGUAGAAAGUGUAGUCCGUAAGGAGGUGCACUACACUACUAAGGAGCUUAACAUGUUUGCUCAUUCAUUUAAGCAGAAGUCUGGAGAAUAUGUGUGGGAAUGGGUUUUAAGGGUGUGGGAUAAUGGUGGAAGGAACAUAAAACUAGAUCAGGCUGAGUUUAUUGACAUGGGCCCUCUGAGUAGAGAUUGUAGGUUUAAUAUGGAAGCUCGCACAGUUAAAAAGGGGGUCAAAAGUUUGUUUGAAUGGUUGGUUGAAGCAUUUAUCAAAAGAUGGCCUACUGAAAAGGAGUUGGAGAUGCCUGAUCUCUCCUGGCUUAGUGUUGAUGAAGGGAUUUUGAGGCUCAGGGAAAUUGCAAUGCUAGAGUGGGUGUAUUGUGUAAAAUCUAAACCUUCUCAAUGGGAGGGUCCAGAAGACAUGCCCUUCACUAGUCCUAUAAGGCGCAAAAUGGUGAGAGGGGCACCAGCACAUUUGAAAAGCUUUGUGGUCGCCCUGUUCCUCGUGCCAAACCUUAGGAUUGGAGAUGCUGCUGCUCAGUUGGAUGAAUUAAAUGCAAUGGGUUUAGUUGAGCCCCAAGGUAGCAGGGACCAGGUGGCAGCACUUAAUUGCCCGAGGCACAAUGAUCAUGAUUAUCAUAUCGGCAGCUUAGAAAAAACAAUGUUCAUAAUGGCCUAACCAGUAAUGGUCAGCACAGACAAAAUGAAUUUUAUUUUGGCA